AUCUGGCUUGCUGUCUGGAUGAUUUGAUCUUCCAUUCCUGUGUGUGAUCACAAAAAAAAUAUGACAAGAUGAUCUACUGCUGUUUUGGGAUGCGGUGGCAGCGUUAGCAAAGCCAAAAGAUGAUCUAUAUUGCCAGGAGUGGAUGCAUCUUUCUGGGGGUCGUAGGCCAACAUCAGCACGGAUAGUCAGGUAUUGCUGAACUGUUUCAUUUUUCCCAAGGCGACGGGUGGGGGGAGGGGUGUUUGCUGUAGACUGAGGCUAUAGCCUGGGAUCACCUGAGCAUGAACGCGCCCCAGACACUGCAGGCACCAGGUCUGAAAAGAACCACACAAAUGAGCAAGCUCCGAGGUACACUGGGCAGGGUUAGGGGUCGCUUGGGGUAUUUAAGGGGCCUGUAUCUGAGAGUGGAUUCACCAACAAAGAGACAGGAGUCAGGCUGUAGAGAGCAGGGAGUGAUGUCUCACCCCAGCACUUAUGGGGACAUGGCCUCUCUCCGCAGCGACACGUAGCCAAAGCUGGAGAGAGCCGAGGGGCGCGGGCGGCCCCAUGAGCCCCGUACAUUGUUCUCCGAGCACUGGGACAUUUUCCUUCUGCCUGUGUCGCAAAAUGGCCGCCCUCAGAGCUUUCGGUUUCGCUGACGCAGAGGGCUCAUGAAUGAAUUAUGCCCAUCAUGUCUGCAUCAGUAACCAAGUACAGAAAACAAAAUACAGCACUUUUUGUUGUCUGCAUGCUUGGUCGAGGAGCUGCACACUGCGGUACACAGUCACCGUGAAUGAAUGCGCUGUUUGGCUGCACCACGAUUGUACAGUGUGCUGCAUCUCAUCCUGCCACUCGGCUGGAACACGCCCCAGAGUCAGCCAUCCAUAGCCGGGAGGGCUGGUCUCCUCAGCUGUUGAUCUCAGUUCCUCAGGAUGUGUCCCUGCCUACAUCACAGCGAACCAGCUACAUCACUGCAUAUCACUGAAAUGUCCUUUUAGGGUCAAAACAACACAACACAGGAAUUACAGACAUGUGCUUAACACACAUGAAACAUGUACAUCUGCACACGUGAAAAAGCGACGGUGCGUAUGAAGAAGGUCAGGACUCGUACACAGAGAUGGAUGGGGUGCACCUGCAGCUCCGAUUACAAUGAUGACGACUGGAUCGAGAACCUGGACGAGGUCUGUGAGCAUUGCAACUGCCCGCUGCCACCCCAGACAGCAAACCAGUACACGGACACCAGGAUCCCCUACCCCUCCCAGCAAACGCCACCGUGUUCUCCAGCGCCUGACAAUCUGGUCAUUGCCCUGUAUAGCUAUGAACCCGACCACAACGAUGACCUGGGCUUCCACAAGGGGGACAAGCUGAAAGUCCUUAACAGGGAUGACCCGGAAUGGUACUGGGCUGAAUCCCUGACCACCGGCCAGAAGGGCUACAUUCCUUUCAACUUUGUUGCCAAGAUGGACACCAUGGAAACCGAACCGUGGUUCUUCAAAGAUCUUUCCAGAAACGAUGCCAUGAGGCUGCUGCUGGCCCCAGGAAACACCCAGGGUUCCUUCCUCAUCCGGGAGAGUGAGACCAGCAAAGGCUCAUACUCCUUGUCUGUGCGGGAUUUGGAUCCUGAAUGUGGCGACACCGUCAAGCACUACAAGAUCCGGAACCUAGACAAUGGUGGCUUUUACAUCACGCCCCGGAUCUCAUUCAGCUGCCUCUCGGACCUGGUGCAGCAUUACUUCUGUGAAGCAGAUGGCCUCUGUUUCCGCCUCCUCAAACCAUGCCAGACUCGGGCCCCGCAGAAGCCCUGGUGGCAGGAUGAGUGGGAGAUCCCCCGGGAAUCACUGAAACUGGAGCGUCGCCUGGGGGCAGGGCAGUUUGGGGAGGUGUGGAUGGGGACGUACAACCAGCGCAAAGUGGCCAUCAAGAACCUGAAAGCGGGGACCAUGUCGCCUGGGGCCUUCCUGGCGGAGGCCAACCUCAUGAAGCACCUGCAGCAUCCACGCCUCGUACGGCUUUAUGCCGUGGUGACGCAGGAGCCCAUCUACAUCAUCACAGAAUACAUGGAGAACGGAAGCCUGGUGGAUUUUCUCAAGACGAAUGCAGGAAUGAAUUUAACCAUCAAUAUCCUGAUUGAUAUGGCCUCCCAGGUGAGUUUGUCUGUCUUUGCCUGUGUCUGUCUUUGUCCCUGCCCCUAGGUCUGUCUCAUUUUCUGUUCCCCUCCUUUUGUCUGGUUCUGUUCCUGUGUCUGUCUAUGUCUCAGUGUCGAUCUCUGUUUUUGUCCGUGUCUGUUUCUGCACCUGUUUGUGCCUCUGUCCCUGUCUCUGUCCUUGUGUCUGUUGCUGUCCAUGUCUCUAUCUGUCCCUGUGUCUGACUCAGCGCGCCCCACCAACUCACCCCUGCCAGCGCGCCCCACCAACUCACCCCACCAGUUCGUCCUGCCAGCUCACCCCUGCCAGCUCAUCCAACCAGCUCGCCCCCACUAGCUUGCCCCCACUAGCUUGUCCC